CGCGGUUCUCAUCGCCAUAUCCGGCGAAUCUCAACGACUUCCAUUGGCGACCACGAGUCGAUCGUUCAUUCCCCUCGCCCAUUCAUCUCUGCUCGCGGUCCCUGUGUGCAUUUCUACUCAAUUGGCUUACUGAGUAUUCAAAAAAUUGACACAUAUUGCUACAAUGGCCGCUACUAGAACGUCCACCCGUCAAGCUGCUCAGAAGGCAAAGGAAGCCAUUGCGGCUGCUCCUGAUGUCAAGAGCCGAGGUCCUGCUGGCGCGAAGCGCAAGGAAACCACCGACAAGGGUCCGGCACCGAAGAAAGGGAAAAAGGAGGAUGACAAGGUAAAGCCCGAGAAGGAUCAGCAGCCCGCAACAGAGGACGAAGUGAAGACCACAGAAGAACGUGCGGAGGAGCCGGAAAAACCUGAGUCAAAGCCAGAGGAAGCGCCUGAGAAGCCUGCGGAGAAGGAAGAACCGCAGAAGACGGACGAAGAGCCCGCAGCGGCGCCAUCUGAGCCCGCCGACAAAGCCGAGGAUAAACAAAAGCCGAAUGAGCCCGAGGAGAAGCCAGAGCAGAAUGUAGAGCAGAAGCCGGAGAAAAAGAGUGAGGAGAAGCGCGAUGCAGAGCCAGACACCAAGCCAGAGGAGAAAUCCGAGGAGAAACCCGGUCCUGCUGCUGACGGCGCCGAAGCCGGCGUCAAGACGUCACAGGAGCGGGAGGAGAAGGUCGCAUCAAAUGUACUCGAAAAGGGAAUUGUCUAUUUCUUCUACCGACCGCGCGUAAAUGUGACAGACCCGCAAAGCGUUAGCGAUGUUGCCCGCAGCUUCCUGGUGCUGAGACCAACACCCAUUGGCGCCACAUUGAACCAACAGCAGGGCUCUGUGGAGCCUGGCGCAAAGUGCCGGCUACUGAUGCUGCCCAAGAAGAAGUUUCCCACCUCUGGCAAAGAACGGGACAUGGGAUUCGUCGAAAAGGCCGGACACAGUAUGAAGUCGCUCCAAGAGAGCUUCAUCGCUGGCGAUACGUACGAAACGUCUACCCGUGGCGAACGAACUGUUCCCGAAGCCAGACCGUUUGCCGAGGGCGUCUACGCGAUCACAUCUACAACUCGGGCGUCUCACUUGGCUUAUAUUUUGACCAUUCCGGAGACUAUUGGAUCUAUUCAGGAAGACUUUGGUUUGCAUUCUCGGGGCAGCUGGGUUAUACAGUCGAAGAAUCCCAAAUACCCUGGCCCAUCCUAUGCUCAAAUUCAAAAGGACCCCGAGUAUCCUGAAAGUAUACGCGAGAAGUUCGGCGACUACCGUUGGGUCCCGUUGCAGCCAGAGUUCAUUGACUACCCCAACGCGCAGUUCCUGAUGAUUGGCGAGGCCACCGACGACUUGGGCAAGGCCGCGACAGCCGAAGAGGGCGGUAAGCAGGCCCACGAAGCACAGCCCGGAGAAGAAUUGGAGAAGCUGGGGCAGGAGAAUGAAGAGCGGAUUGAAGCUCUACGGGGCGACGACACCAUCUAUGAAGAUCUGGGAUUGGAUGCGAAGAACUAUCCCAAAGUGCCGACGACCUGGAACAGCGAAUGAAAAGCUACGAAGUCUUGACGAACGCAAACCAAGUAUGCCUACCAGGAUAUGAUAGAUGAAAUGAAAUGACAUGACUCGGGUUUGAGUAGC